AGACAUAUUGCUGGGGCUAGCUGGCAUGUUGCAGUUCUGCAGGCAAGACAAGAACUGCACGUAUGCUGAAAAAAAGUCACAAACUCCCUCAAAACUACAGGUGGCUUUGGCAAACUGAUGGCAGCUUACAUCUCUAGCACCACUAAAAUACACCCCGAAGAAUGGAUGCACUUACAAGAGAUGUGUAAACUUCUUGCCAUCACCUUUUUUAGCAGACAUAAAAAUGGUGUCCCACUUUGUGACUUUGAUAAUACAGGUGGCUGGUCAGCAGGUCCACCUGAGUGUUGCUGCUGGGCCCAACAGCACAACACACUCUGCAGUUCGGGCUCCUGUCCAAAGGCCCUGGGGUUGGAGUUCUCACCCAUACCAACAGCUGGGGGCCUUGGCUCAGCCAGUGCCCGAUGGGAUGCUGGAGCAGCACACACAGAACUGGCAGGGAGCAAAUUUCUGGCACUGGAGGAAUGAGACUGACAGCAGCUGAGCGACUCUUACUUGUAAAAUGGUCCUGAAAGGUGCCCUGGAAAAAAAAAACCUGUUUAAACAGAGGAAAGAAGCUGAAUCCUUGGAGUUGCUCAGCUACUUUUUAUUGCUGCAGAUGCUGCUGGCAGCCUCCUUCACUGGGAGACCUGUCCAAAGUAGUUGAGCUCAAAGUGUACCUUGGCAGGGGCCCAAAACCACAGGGUUCAUGUUCAGACCUGGCACCUCAGUGUGCUUCAGAUGACCCAAAGGCCCCCUAGAUCCUUCUGCCUCCACAAUGGCCACAGAUACCUUUUUCCACUGGCCUUUGUAUUUGGUCCCUGCUACUUGAAAGUAUUUUAAAACAGCAACCCCACAGAAAAGUUGGCCUGCAGCAGUGGGGUUUAAGCAUGAAGGUAAGUGAAAAGAGACUGGCUGUUUCACACUGUCACAGACAUGCAGAGUAUGUAGAGGGAAGGCAGUAUUCUGGGAGGGUCAAACUGGAGUGUUGUCUAGUGUGCACCAUACUGAGGACCUGCGUGGCUGAUAGGACUGUUUCAAGGCUGCUUUUGGAACUAGGGAGUGUCCUGGGUUGGUUGAGGUGAGCACCAGGGCACAGUGAUAGGAUGUCUGAGGAUUCUGUUUACUCUUUCCCUAAAAGCACUGAUAAUCUCUAAACCCAGUCCUAAUGGUGUAGGAACCCCUCUUCUUUGCAAUCAAAUUCAAGCUGGUGCCUCAUGCACGAGUGCCACUCAGUAGGAAUGGAGCCCUGUGGGGAAGGAGUGUCCCAUUUCCAAAACCAAACUGCAGCUGCAAGUUGACAUGUAAGUCGAUAAAAAUCCCUCAACUCACAUCCAUCCCAGAAAUGCCAGUCAAAACCCAAGCAGCUAUUCACCCAAAGUACCAAUUUUAUAGUUCUGUGUGUGUCUAUAAUCUAUUUACCAGCAUUCCUAUUUCAGUAUGUGCCUGUUAAUAAGAUUAGUAAUUAAAAAGCUUGAUAGGAAUUGGCAAGCAUAGCUCCUCCGCCUUUCCCUCCCCUCCAAGCCGGACUGGCGUGGAGUGUGAGGCACGGUUGGCAGAGUACCUGAGGGAGCGAAGGCAGGAAGCUCUGCUGAAACCUCUGCCUGCAAGAAAGCAAUGGAGAAAUCCCGACCCUUAUGGGACAAUCCCCUGCAGUUCGUUUUCGCCUGCAUUUCCUAUGCUGUGGGGCUGGGAAAUGUGUGGAGAUUUCCAUACUUAUGUCAGAUGUACGGAGGAGGUGGCUUUUUAAUCCCAUAUCUUAUCAUGUUGAUUGCUGAGGGGAUGCCGCUGCUGUACUUGGAGCUGGCCGUGGGGCAGCGUAUGCGGCAGGGCAGCAUCGGUGCCUGGAAAAUAAUAAGCCCCUACCUCUGCGGUGUCGGAGUUGCCAGUGUUGUUGUUUCCUUCUUCCUCUCCAUGUACUACAAUGUGAUAAAUGCCUGGGCCUUCUGGUACCUCUUCCACUCCUUUCAGGACCCCCUGCCGUGGGCCACCUGCCCCCUCAACAGCAACCGCACGGGCUACGAGGAGGAGUGUGAGAAGACAUCGUCCACGCAGUACUUCUGGUACCGGCAGACCCUGAACAUCUCCCCGUCGCUGGAGGCCAGCGGGAGCGUGCAGUGGGAGCAGGCGCUGUGCCUGACGCUGGCCUGGCUCGUGGUUUACCUCUGCAUCCUCCGCGGCACCGCCUCCACCGGCAAGGUCGUCUACGUGACAGCCUCUUUGCCAUACUGUGUUCUCAUCAUAUACCUCAUCAGAGGAUUAACACUUCAUGGAGCUGUGAAUGGGCUCAUCUACAUGUUCACACCAAAGCUGGAGCAGCUGUCAAACCCCAAGACCUGGAUCAGUGCUGCCACGCAGAUCUUCUUCUCGCUGGGCCUUGGCUUCGGCAGCCUCAUCGCCUUUGCCAGCUACAACGAGCCCACCAACAACUGCCAGAGACAUGCCAUCAUCGUGUCCCUAAUCAACAGCACCACCUCCAUAUUCGCCAGCAUCGUCACUUUCUCCAUCUACGGCUUCAAGGCGACCUUUAACUAUGAGAGCUGUAUCAACAAGGUGAUCCUGCUGCUGCUGAAUGCUUUUGACCUGGAGGAAGGCUCUGUAACAGCAGACAACCUCAAUGAGAUGAAAGAUUACCUCAUGGCCACUUAUCCACAGGAAUAUGCCCAAUUAGCGCCACAGAUUAAAAACUGCAGCUUGGAAGCUGAGCUUGACACGGCUGUCCAGGGGACGGGGCUGGCAUUUAUAGUCUAUUCGGAAGCAAUCAAAAACAUGGAGGUGCCCCAGCUGUACUCCGUGCUCUACUUCUUUAUGCUGCUGAUGCUGGGCAUUGGCAGCAUGCUGGGAAACACGGCUGCCAUCCUCACACCACUGACCGACAGCAGGGCGAUUGCCUCCCGCUUUCCCAAGGAGGUGAUCUCAGGUGUUGUGUGUUUUGUGAAUUGUAUAAUUGGCCUGAUCUUCACCAUGGAGGCUGGAAAUUACUGGUUUGACAUCUUCAAUGACUACGCAGCCACCCUCUCUCUGCUGCUCAUCGUGCUAGUGGAAACCAUUGCUGUCUGUUACAUCUAUGGCAUAAGGAGAUUUGAGAAAGAUCUUUACACCAUGAUUGGAUGCAAGCCAAACUGGUAUUGGAAAACCAUGUGGGCUUUUGUUAGUCCACUGCUAAUUAUAAGCCUAUUUAUCUUUUACCUCACCGACUAUAUCCUCACAGGAACAUUGCAAUACCAAGCAUGGGAUGCCACACAGGGGCAGCUGGUGACCAAGGAUUACCCAGGCUAUGCCCUGGCGGUGAUCGGGCUGCUGGUGGCAGCAUCCACCAUGUGCAUACCCCUGGGAGCACUAGUGACUUUUAUAAGGAAGAGACUGAAGAGGGAACGAAUUUCAACCGUUGCCUGAAAGCUGACAGCUGGAUUUGGAAAGACCUUACCCCCGUCACCAGUGACUGGGCACUUCUGGAAGACAGCAGCAACCAUUAUUUGUAGCAGCUAUUAUAGAGUUGAGACUGGUGGGUGCUAUAUUGACCAAAAAGUGCUCUUGGGAGGUUCCACAAUGGUUUUGGGGAAAAAAGCUCUUCUGCAACAACAUGAAGCUUUAAAGUGGCCUCUGUAAAAGAGGUGAGGAGGGGAGCAGCUCACAAAAUGCCAGCUAGCACAAAUUAGCCAGCACAUCAGCCCAUUACACAAUAUUAGGUGAUUCUUUUCCACUGUUGUAGCACUGCCUGUGUGGAAACAUGAACAACCAAGCAUGUUCCCACAACAACAUACCAGCAAAUACCCCCAGACCAUUCAAGACAC